CCUCCCUCAGACCCCAUCAUAUAAAAUAAGUGUCUAUUUGGGUUGAUGGUAUGAGUGUCUGGUAUGAGUGUUUAGAUCAGUAUGUCUGAAGGAAUAGUCCACGCUGAUGUGAAAUUCAAAAAACACCAAAGGACUGAAGGACAAGAUGGUGCAACAACAUCCACAACGAAUGAUGCCACGUACUCUGAAAUCUCAAUUCCCAAAGCCGGACGCAACCAGCCAUCUACCGACACUAAUGCUGGUGACCCUGAUUCUCAGGAGGGGUCAAAGGUCAGAGCAGGUGGAUGUGACCCUGUCAAAGUGGUCCUGGUGACUCUCUGUUUUCUUCUGAUGGGGACGGUCAUUGGACUUCGGUUCCUGUAUAUCAGCAACCUGCCAACCAAAAACACAGAGCUCCAAAUUCUGCAAGCGGCUUACYAUCAAAAUCUUACAUCAGCUUUAAUGAUCAAAAACAGAGAGCUUCAAGAACUGCAAGACAAGAACAAAGAUCUUCAGGAGAAGGAACGUGCAGUUCGGCAACAAAAUGAAGAAUUGAGAAAGCAGAAAGCUCCACCCUCUUGCCCUACAAACACAGGGAAUAAAGACAGUCCUAAAUCUAGAAACUGUGCUGAAGACUGGGAGUAUUAUGGGGGGAAGUGCUAUUACUUCUCCCCUGAUAAACUGACCUGGGUUCAGAGUCGGGAUGAMUGUAUCACCAGGGGGGGACACCUUGUCAUCAUAGGGAGCCGAGAGGAGCAGAAAUUCUUAGAUCAGAAAAUUGGUAGAGAAAUAACUACGGAGCCUGAAGUCAAGUUCUGGAUUGGGCUGACGGACAGUACAAACGAGAAUGAGUGGUUAUGGGUGGACAAUUCAUCUCUCAAUUCAAGCACAAGAUUCUGGCUUGGUGACAAGGAGCCUGAUAACUGGAAAGGAGAAAAAGGAGAAUAUCCCGAGGGUGAAGACUGUGCUAGAAUGGGGGAKCCGGGUGGUAAUACCGGGUGGUUGGAUUUCAACUGUAAUAGGACUCAAAGAAGAAUAUGUGAGACAAAAUCGCCCUUGUGAAACAGUAUCUUUAAGAAACUCAACAGUUCCUUAAAUAUGUCUCUGAACAACAGCAAAGUAUUUUUUGCUGGCAUUGAUAAAAGGAGGAGAAACUGUAUUGCGACUGGUUUACAGGAGAUUACUGCUGAUAUUCACAUAUCUUUCUUUGUACAUACAUUUUUUAUGCUAUGGUGUAAAACAAACCAAAUCCCCAACUGAGUCUAAUGAAAAACAUGUCAGAUAUAUUCAGUUCACGCCUCUUCACUUCUCAGUAGGCUACAGAUGUUGGAUCUUAAUUUUCCCAGUAUUGUUACAGCAACAGGAUUUGAACUUUAGUCCUUCAAUCAAAUGUUGCUUGAUUGGUGGGUUAAGCUGUUACCUGGCCAAAUUUAGGCUACAUGAAAAGUGCAAUAUCGUUAAUUAAGUGUGUGGGUUUUCAAUGAAUUUAUGUAAAUCAUGAAGCAUAUCUGCAUUUUGCGGUGCAGGAAAAUUCUCAGCAACGAGUGAUAAAAUAAAAUCCUACACCUAUA